AUGGCCCCUCGUGCGUUGACGCAGAACGACUCGGUCGGCUCUGAUGACUGGUAUGAUGCUUGCCAGCAGAAGCAGCAGCCCGCUGUUCUUGACGAGAAGCCCUCACUGCCGGUGUGGUCAAGAUCUCCGAAGAGAGGACUUCAGACCCAGGAGAGCAUAGCUGAAAAGAAGCAGAGAGUCGCUGCGAGCGCGUGGAAAGACUGGACGCAGCCAACCCCUGGGCGUGAGGAGUUGAAGGCAGACAAGACAACACCCAAGAAGCCGACGGAGAAGAAUUUUCAGCAGCAGCAGCAGAUGUUGCUCAACAGGCAAGCCAUCGCAGCCUCAGUAGCUGCCCAAAAAGCCGCCCAAGCUGCCGAAGCCUCCAUAAAGCUGGCUUCGUUUGCCACCCACCAAGUGGACAAAGCUAAGACUGCUGCCGGGCAAAGCCAGGCUGCUCUCAAGAUGCAGCCUCCUACGACACCUCCGAAGCCUCAGCAGCCCAGUUCCACUGCAGCAUCCAAUGGAAAUGAUGGCGAGGACAACCCUGUCGCCGAGGACGAGAAGCAGGCUGCUACUGAUGAGAAUACCAGCGAUGCUAAGAAGGGCAACCUCGGCAAAGGUCAGAAGUCGGCUGGCAAUAAGCCGGCUAAGCUGACGCCGGACGAGUCGACGUCGGAACCCCUCACCUUUGGAGGGCGCAAAGUUCCUAACGGCAACGAUGCUGCGGAGGUGUUCAAUCUCAAGAAGAAGCUCUUCUACUUCUACGAGACACGUGAAGAGCUGCAGAAGAAGUUCCCGGGCAAGUCGAUCCACAGCGGUGCCACAGGGAGCCAGGAUAGCUACUGCAAGCACGUCAAGGACCACAUGGACAAGGUGAAGAAGCAGAAGCAGGGCAAGAAGAUGACACAGGACGAGGUGAGAGAGCAGAUCAAAGAGGCAGCACGGCUUUGGAAGGAGAAGCUCAGCAAGAACAUUGACAAGAGCAAAGCCUGA